CGCUAAAGCCGCUAGCUUGGCGCUGGUGUACUUUUCGUUUCACAGGGAGGAGUCAGACAUUAGUUUCUUUAUCAAAGUGACAUGUUCGUGCCGUUAUUUCUAAUUCUACGACAUGUAUCGCACCGUGUGUCCAUAAUGUAGCCCGUCUGUGGUAUCGACAUAAAGCUAUCGAUCAGCGACCAGAUACUUCUCGACAAAAGGUCGAAGGAAACAGGAAGGCGGAAACAAGACCGCAAAGUCAGAGACUCAGUCCAGAUAAAAACCACGACAAUCCGUAACCAAAAAACCCACACUGGCUGUUCACACAACCUUUUGACAGCUUCCAUUUCAACGGUAAAUCAUUCACCCGAAGCGUUCGAACAGAUCGUCUGCCGCCACCACAUGCGACCAUGUCCAUGGCCCUGAAACAAGUCUUCAACAAAGAUAGGACAUUCCGGCCCAAGCGCAAGUUUGAGCCCGGGACGCAGCGCUUCGAGCUGCACAAGAAGGCCCAGGCGUCCCUGAACGCCGGCCUGGACCUGAAGCUGGCUGUGCAGCUGCCCCACGGUGAGGACCUCAAUGAUUGGGUGGCCGUCCACGUGGUCGACUUCUUCAACCGCAUCAACCUCAUCUACGGCACCAUCAGUGACUCGUGCACCGAUCAAACCUGCCCAGUCAUGUCGGGUGGGCCCAAGUACGAAUACCGCUGGCAAGACGAGCACAAGUACAAGAAGCCGACCGCCCUGUCAGCUCCCAAAUACAUGAGCCUGCUCAUGGACUGGAUCGAGGUACAGAUCAACAACGAGAACAUCUUCCCCACCAACGUCGGUACUCCCUUCCCUAAGACGUUCAUGCAGGUGGCUAAGAAGAUUUUGUCGCGUCUGUUCCGGGUGUUUGUCCACGUCUACAUCCACCACUUUGACCGCGUGAGCCAGAUGGGGGCAGAGGCUCACGUCAACACCUGCUACAAGCAUUUCUAUUACUUUGUCACUGAGUUCAACCUCACGGACCACAAAGAGCUGGAGCCCCUGAAAGAGAUGACCUCUCGGAUGUGCCACUGAGGGACCUGAGGACACGGCGAAUGGAUGCAUCCGUCCAUCUUGAAGACUGCAUUGGAGAACGGAAAACGAGCAAUCAAAUCCAGAGUCUAUUUUUAUAUUUAAGUACUGUAAUCUAUUUUAGCUGCAUACUGUAGGUUUAACCAGGAAGCCUGUUGCGCCAGGGCGUUCUGCUCCUUCUGAAAAGUUUUCAGACAUUUUAUCAGAGCACAGUAUUAAGAGGUCUAUGUUUGUGUUCAUGUUUCUUCUUUUGAAUCUCAAUCAUUCCAGGAUGCUUCCUCUUUUUUUUUCUGUUCCAAAUGAUCUAAAAUUAGUACGAUUUCUUACUUUUCAUCUGUAAAUCUCAGUAUGUUCUUACAUUAAAGUGAUUCUCAGCUCUUUCUGAUGCCGAUGGUAAUGGGCUGCAGCAUUUUUUUUUUUAAGUCAUAAAAACCUUAAGAUUAAACUGAGGGAAACGGAGGAAAUAAACAGAGUAUUUUACUGAACUGAA